AUGAAAAGGCUGGACGAGGCUCCGGAGAAUGAAAGCCGAGGUGCGAUGAGCUGCGAGCGGGAAAAUCAAUGGGAGACGUCCCGUAAUGACGGCCCUCUUCUUGAUCAGCAAUGGAAACCAUGCCAGCGGUCCCGCGCUUUUGUCAAAGUAUGUCUGCUGAAGCUGAGGUGUGUCUUGGUGUCGGUGUGUGGGAUGGAGUGGUACGGCUACGCCGCCCUAGGCGUUGUGACCGCCUUCCUCAGUUUCCUCAUGGACCUGAGUGUGGCGAAGCUGCUGCGAGCUCAGCAGUGGCUCUACGUUAGGCUGGAGGGCCACGGCCUGCUGCAGUUCCUCUGCUGGACUCUGUACCCGGCCUCCCUUUGUGCCCUCGCAUCCUCCUUCUCCCACAGCGUGUGUCCCUUCUCCACAGGCUCUGGGGUACCAGAGGUGAGGGCCAUGCUGGCUGGUGUUGAAAUGCCUCACUACCUGUCCCUUACCAACAUGUUUGCCAAGUUCCUGGGCCUCAUCUGUACUUUGGCAGCUGGCAGCACUGUUUUCCUGGGCAAAGUGGGUCCGUUUGUGCAUCUCUCCACUAUGGUGGGAGCCUACCUGAGCCAUCUCUGCACUCUCAUACAAGGCAAUAAGGAGGACAAGGCUUCUGGGAAAAUGCUGGUUACAGCAGCUGCGGUGGGGGUAGCCAGCUGCUUCGGAGCCCCUAUCAGUGGUGUGUUGUUCAGUGUGGAGGUGAUGUGUUCUCACUUUGCCUUGAGGGAUUAUUGCCCGUGUUUCUUCUCGGCGGCCUGUGGGGCACUGACCUUCCGCCUGUUCUCAGUGUGGAGUGGAGACGGAGAGACUCUUCAGGCGCUGUUCAAGACUAAAUUCUCUGAAGCCUUGCCCUUCUACCCACUGGAGAUCCUGGUGUUUGCUUUGCUGGGACUGCUGUGUGGAGCCGUCAGCUGUUGCUACCUCUUCUGCCAUCGGUGGAUCCUGAACUUCACCAAAACAAACCCAUUCCUCACCAAGAUGCUGACAACAGAGAAGGGUCUGUACUCGGGCGUGGUGGUCUUCCUCCUUGCGUCUCUGACAUUUCCACACUCUGCUGGUCGAUACAUGGCUUCUGAGUACACUAUGAAGCAGCUCCUCACUUCCUUAUUGGACAGCAGGCAGUGGGGCUCUCCGGCCCACAAUGCCUCUGUGGGACAGGAGCCAGAGCCCUGGUCGGAGUGGGGUGCAUCAGGGAGUCCUGUCUUCGUCUCUUUGACCGUCUUUCUCCUCAUGAAGCUGUGGAUGACGGUCGCGGCCUGCACUCUGCCUCUGCCAGCCGGCUACGUCAUGCCAGUCUUUAUCUAUGGGGCAGCUGUGGGCCGUUUGGUGGGGGAAGGACUGGCCUAUGUGUCCUCCACCGGAGGGAAUCCAGGCCAGCAGUGGGCUUCUGUAAAUCCUGGGGGCUACGCACUGGCUGGUGCAGCAGCGUUCUCUGGCGCAGUAACACACACUUUGUCCCCAGCACUCCUGGCUCUAGAGUUAACCGGCCAGUUCAGCUACGCAGCACCCAUCCUCCUGGCCACCCUGCUGGCCAACGCCCUGGCUCGCUCGGGGAGUCGCCCUUCCUUUUAUGACGCCCUGUCCGUCAGCAAGAGGCUCCCGCACCUGCCCUCGCUACUGAAGGCCUGUCCUCGGCUUUCCUCUGCACCAAUCGGGCCGCUCCUCAAUCCUAAAGCAGCGCUGCUUCACAAAGCAGCCGGGCCGGCCGAGCUCCUGCAUGUUGCCAACGCCAGCACUGACCCAGAAAUCCCUGUGGUGGACUCACUUGAGUCACAGACCUUGCUGGGGUUCGUGCGCCGGGCAGACCUGCUAACGUUUCUGCAUCACAAUGGAGACCAGGCUCCGGCGAAACAUUUGGACGAGGCCUGUUGCCUUCAUGCGACCUCUGUUUUGUUAUCACCUCACAGCACCGUUCAGGAGGCUCAUGGCGUCCUCAGCCUGCUGGGAGCUCAGACUGUGUUUGUGGCAGACAGAGGGAGGCUGGCCGGGCUCGUCACAUGGUCAGAGAUGAAGAGAAUCUUAGAAGAACUGGCCAAGGAAAUCUAAGCUGCAAUGCAGAGGAGAAACACUCCCA